CCCUAACACAUUACUUACACUCAUCAAACAAAGCAUAAAAAAAAAUAUUCCAAAAACAAAAACACAUUUUGUUUUAAGAAUGGCAAACAUGAAAGUAGCAUGUGUUGUUUUGGUGAUGUGCAUGGUAAUUGCAUUUGCACCUAUGGCAGAAGCUGCAAUCUCAUGUGGAGCUGUAAAUGGUGCUCUUGCUCCAUGCAUUGUUUACCUUAGAGGUGGUCGUGGUCCAUCUCCGGCAUGUUGUGCUGGAGUUAGAAGACUAAAAGCCGUGGCGACAACCACACCUACUCGUCAGGCUGCUUGCAACUGCUUGAAAAGUGCUGCCCGUGGUAUUUCUGGUUUGAAUAACAACAACGCUGGUGCUCUUCCUGGUAGAUGUGGUGUUAGCAUUCCUUACAAGAUCAGUACCUCCACCAACUGUGCUAUCAUCAAGGCUUGAAGAAGCGGCUCAAAGAGUUAUGGAAACUUCUCACAAGUAUAUGAGAGUGCCCUUAUGUUAUUAAGAAUAAGAACUAAUCCCAAAAAAAAAGAAAAAAGAAUAAGAACUAGUGUGAUGGAGUAUCUUAGUGUUUGUUGUUUUAUGAAUGAAUUACAUCGCUAAAUAUUACAAUUGGGUUUUUUUCUUGCUUA